AUGCAGAUGCUCCGGAAACACCCAGAAAUCGAAACAAUCGAAUACCCCUUUGUCGACACCUACUAUUUUGGACAGGAAGCAUUGACGCUGCGCCGCAAUGAUUGUCUGCAGGCCGUAAAGCAGCGAGUACAGGCCGACCCUGCUCUUGCCCAAACCUUUCAGGAGGCCUUUGGUCAACUGGAGCAGUCGAUCCAGAGCGUACAAGCUAAGGUAGACCUCCUUGUCCUGCUUUUCCACAUUGGCUACCAUCUGAUAGAAGGAUAUGGAGGACAGGGUAAAACACCCUUCAUCAAGGAACAUGCAUUCACGUUCAUGAAACCAGAAACAAUUUCACGGAGUCUGGCACAUCCUCAUUCAUACAGGAAUACACCUCAGAUCACAGCACAGCCACCUAAGGGACGGAACGAAAGAGCUAUGGAGAUCGGCGAAGAAGACGCUAAUCCUACGAUGUUACCAACACAGUUCCUGCGCAGCGUGACGGCCGUAUUCCUCAUCCGUCAUCCUGCUUUAGUUUUCGAGUCAAUUCUACGGGUCAGUGGGCCGACGAUGGGAGCUCGCGUCGACGACCAGGAAUUUCCCGUCGAAGCCAGCAUGCGCUGGCUGCGAGUGCUGUAUGACUGGUACACCGCGUCCGCUGGCGGCGGUGUGCAACCCAUCGUGCUCAAUGCAGAUGAGAUCAUGGCUCAUCCGGUGGUAGUGCAGCACCUCUGCCAGCAGCUGCAGCUUGAUCCGGCGGGGGUUCGCUUCCAGUGGGAUCCGUUGCCGCCGGCGGUCAUCGAGAGUCAGAGUGCGUACCAGCAGCACUUUUUCUCAACAAUCCAGUCAUCCUGCGGUGUGCGGUUGGAUAAGCAUUCUGCCGCUCAGGGGCAGAUCCUGGAUCUAGAUGCCUUAACUGCGACGUGGCAGGAAGUGUACGGAAUGCAGACCGCCGCCACUCUGCGGUCACUUGUGGAUGCGGCAAUGCCGGACUAUGAGUACUUGUGUGGGUACGAGCUGAGAGCUAGUGACCUUAGCAGUCAGAAGGCAUAG